GGGGACAUUCUUGGAAACAAAUCUCAGGAAAGUUGAAACAAAUUGAUUCUGGUCCAGAAGGAAUUGUAUAUGGAGUGAACAGAAACAAUUACAUUUAUUGUCGUUUAGGAAUCUCAACUAAUAACCUCCAAGGAACAGGAUGGAAGCAAGUUUCUGGUCGAUUCAAAUACGUUAGUUGCGGUGCUUUGGGAUGCUGGGGUUUAAAUAGACAUAACCAAAUUUGGUAUCGUUCUGGUGUAUCAGCACAGAAUUGUGCUGGAACAAGUUGGACUCAUAUCGGAGGAAGUCUUAAGCAAAUCGAGGCUGGAGAAGUUGGUGAUGUAUAUGGAGUAAAAAGUAACAACGUGGUCUACCGUCGAACUGGUAUAACUACGGCAUCUCCAAUGGGCUCAGGUUGGGAAGUUGCUUUGUCGUAUGCUUCAUUCGUGACCACUGGCCUGAAUAACAAGUAUGUUUUGAUAAAUGGAGCAAUUUUUGAAUCCAAAGAAGCCCCAAAAAUUUUGAGAAAUCAAAAAGAACGCGAAAUCAUUCCACCUCGUAAGAAACGUUACCAAACACUUGUUGGCUCGGAAAUAUUAUCCCGUCGAAACAUUUCACUUACCAUUGUGUGCAAAGCUACUGGUACACCUGCACCUACUAUAACAUGGUUGCGAAAUGGUAAUCGUGUUUCUUCAAAGGGGAAUGUGAAAAUUAAAAAAGGCGGUCGACUUCGUAUUAAGUCUCUGUCUGAAAAUAACGUCGGUCAAUAUCAAUGUCGGGCCGGUAAUAGCUUUGGUUAUGAUGCAGCCGCGUCAAAUAUCAUCAUAAGAAGUUAAGAGGAAAGAUCCUAGUGAUGGGGAUUCAUGUCAAAGAAAUACACUGAAAACCUAAUUCUAAUCGAAGAUGCUUUUCGUAAAAUGUGUGUGAAAAUUUAAAAGCUUAUGUAGAAAAUGCUGUGUGUUUGACAUUGUUAUCCAUUGUUGAAAUGUAUCUGUAAUACAAAA